UCCGCACCAACGUACCAACGCAAUUACGCAGUCAUGUCAGUAUCACGAAAGCGCGUGUUUGAUCUCAUGAAGACGCAAUGCGCUGUCUUCAACACGACGUACAAUCCUCAGCGUCUCCGUUUAGGUUCUCGUAUCCUCCAUUCACGCCUUAAAGGUGCCGCCAUCGCUUCUUACUAUCCACCGCGGAUAGGAACUAUUGCGCAACUGCGAAAGCUGUACCCAGAAGAUGAUAUCAUAGAUGAGAAGGAGGAAGAUUGGAUUGAACAUUUGAACGUGGCUCAGUCAAGAGGAAAGGGGAACCCGAAGAAGAAGCGAACCGCAGCAGAAUCCAAGAAGUUCACCAAGAGAAGGUGA